AUGAAGAACUAAAAGAAGAAGAAUAAGAAUUACAAGCACCGAGCUUGAGGGUGUGAUUUGACGAGUAGUUAUGCAGCGUCUGAAACUUGAAGUGAUGGUGGUAGCACUAUCACCCUCACGCGGUUUUAUCUUCCCUUCAAAGCCGAGGAGGUUCUCUUCUUCUUUCCAGGUAUCGGCGUGGCCUGGUCUGGAUGCAUGGAGAGAGAGUCCUCUGAACGAGAAUCGGAAGUGGGGAGGCCAUGGUCCACAACCCGAACCCCUGUUCCAACUCCGUGAGUCUCCAUUUGGGGAUGCUUCCUCCUUGGCUGAGCUUGGUUCUAUCGUUCUUUCCACCGGAGACCCUCUCACCAAGUCUCACCUCUCUCACAUGGCUUACUCCACGUGGCGCCGCCUGCACCUUCCACUCGGCAUUUCCAAACCCCCCUCUCGACCUGCCCGACCCGAAAAGCCCCACCUGGUUUCCCCUAAGGAAAUUCCUGCUCCCAAGGACUCAGGUUUGCCUCUGAAUGCUUAUAUGCUUCAUAAUCUGGCACAUGUGGAGCUCAAUGCAAUUGAUUUGGCAUGGGAUACAGUUGUUCGGUUUUCUCCCUACAGUGAAAUUCUAGGGGAGGGCUUCUUUGCUGACUUUGCUCAUGUUGCUGAUGAUGAGAGUCGCCACUUCUCUUGGUGUGCACAGAGGCUUGCUGAACUGGGUUUUAAAUAUGGUGAUAUGCCAGCCCACAAUUUGCUAUGGAGUGAAUGUGAGAAAUCAUCAGACAAUGUAGCUGCACGACUAGCAAUGAUCCCGCUAGUCCAGGAGGCUAGAGGACUGGAUGCUGGGCCACGCCUAGUGCAAAAAUUAGUUGGCUUUGGAGAUAAUAGGACAUCGAAAAUUGUGGCUAGAAUUGCUGAUGAGGAAGUAGCACAUGUAGCAGUUGGUGUCUACUGGUUUGUCUUUGUUUGUCAAAAAAUGGGUUGUGCCCCAGACUCCACUUUUAAAGACUUACUAAAGGAAUACAAUGUGGAACUAAAGGGUCCCUUCAAUUAUUUGGCUCGAGAAGAAGCUGGCAUACCCCGUGAUUGGUAUGAUAAUGCAUCAUCUACAAGCAAUCAGGACAAGAAAGACAAAGAUGGCAAGAAAAAACAGCUCUCUGCCGUUUAUGAGAGGUUGGCUUCCAUCAUUGCUAUGGAAAGUGGGAAUUCAAGUUUGACCAGACCACCUGAAUGAUCUUUGCAAACUGAUAAGCAAUCUGUGUCUUUCACUGGAAAGGUAUGGACUGAGAUUGGAACCUAUCUCGACCGCCAAGAAGAAGGGAUAAGGUUUCAUACACCCGUUGGGUGAUGCGAUUCUUUUAUUAGCAAAGUUGUCUGAUUGCAAGUGCUUAUGCAAAGUCUGAAGUUUCGAUUGACCACGCGUUCACUAUCAAUGAGAAGCGUAAGCAAAAGGAGAAGGCAAAAAUUGUUCUUUAUAUUGCGUACAUGGGUCACUUGAGCUGUUAGUGUAGACACUGAUGUAAAUACACAUUUUAAUAUUUGAUGAAUGCGUGUGAUCAUUAGAGGCAUGGCGUAACGUUCAAGGGGAAUGAAGUCAAUGGUCAUUGCUUAGCUUUUUAGAUAGUGCGUGGAGGAUAAUGACAGACCUAAUAUUCUUUGUUAAGUUUAUCAUUUUAUAUCAAAUUGUACUUAUUUUCAAUACACGAUUAUGUUUUAGAAGAUUUCUGUUUUCUU